CAACGGACCCACAGAACAGCUAGCUAGUUAUGAAACUGAGUCUUGCUGGUAUGUCACUUUUCUUUGCCAGUCAGAUCACCUCUCAACAGAGGAGGGGAAAGUUGCUGACAGCAUCAUUUUCAAUGGAAACACACUAGAAAGGUCCUCUGUGUGGAAACUCAGACUUUUUCCAUCAUGCGUUUAGACGUUCAGCUGCGUCUCUGUCAGAGUUGUCUUUGGGGCUGCAGGAGCGGGCUGCGCCUGCUCUCCCAGAGCUAUGCACACAGAAAAGCUGUGAACUACUACAAUCUUCUGGGAGUCAAAUCUGAUGCCUCCUUGGAGGAAAUAAAAAAUGCCUUUUUUGACAAAUCUAAGAAGCUGCACCCAGACAGCGACCCAUCCAACCCAGCACUGCACAGCCGGUUUGUGGAGCUGAACGAGGCCUACCGAGUGCUGAGCAAAGAGUCGAGCAGGAAGGAGUAUGACUUCAAAAUCAGACGUCCAUACAGUGGGGGCCAGGCCUUCAGAUCUGCCUCCAGUCACACCAGCUACAGAUCUAGUACGGAUACCCAGGAGAACUUUCGUUACUGGGAGCAGUUUCGUCAGUCUCAAGCACAGGAGACGACGGCAGAGGAGUGGCAGAGGAGGAGGAGGAGAAACUUCCGCCUAGUGGGCUACUGCUUCAUCACGAUGGUGCUCAGCGUCGGAGCCCACGUAGUCUUCUUCAGGAAACUGGAAGAAGUUCACAAUAACUUUAUGGACGAAAAAGAUCGAGUCAUCACAGAAAUUUACAAUGAAUCCAAAGAGAGGGCCAGGGCCAACGGUUUUAAGAAACAGACUGAAAUCCUGCGGCAGAAACAUGCUGAGUUUCUGGAGAAAUACAAGAUCCGCAAGGAUGGAGAGGACAAGUAGGAGAGUCUCCAACUGUGCUCUGUGAUGAUGGAGUUUCAACUGUCAACAGGUGAAAGGCAGUGGACUGGAUGUGGUACCUGUUUUAGGAUUUUUUAAAGUUUUUUUAUUUAAAUGAAACAUGUUGAUGUGUUUGUCCUCAGUUGAACACUUGAAGACACACAGAACAUGGGCGUGAUGUGGGAAUGUUUCAUCUGGUCAUACAAGUGUUUCUUAAUGACCAAGCCAAGCUGCACAUCAGACUGCACCGGUCUGUUGAAGCAUUUACUGUAUACCUACUGUAGAAUAUUUGUGUAAGUGAUGUGACGGUCAUAAGGAUCCACCUACAGUAUGUACACAAACCACAAUGAACACUGUUCAAACUGCCUCUUAUGAACUCACAGGAACAUGCUAUUUAUUGCCCUCUGCCUCAUUGCUGUGUUAGCGGGGCUCACAGAUAACAGCAAAUUACCGCCAGAUGACAGCAGAUGAGUUGAUCAAGUCAAGACGAGACAGACUAACUGUAAUGCCAAUAUGUUUCUUGCUGAAAGAAAAUUGUAUUGAUUAAAAUCAUAUCCUGGGUUGCACACAA